GAUCUUUCGAUCCUCGCCCCUCGUGGUCGCCGGUGGCAAUUUCAUUCGUGGCCCAUGUUGCCGCUCAGGUGCAGAUAUAACUGGCGCACAGCCAGAUCCAAGGUCUGGAAUCGCUGCUCCAGGAAUGGUUAUAAUGUCUGCAGCAUCUUUACUUUGCCUCCACCGAUUCAAUCCACCGCCCCAUGAGACAGUGCGGAGUCUGAGGCCACAUCGCUCACGCAUACCAAGCAUAUCAUAUGACUAAGGUCCGACCGCUCACACGACUCUCUCCCAACCCCAUCCACCUUCUGGGUCUUUACAUGCUCCACCAUGAAGUUCGGCCAGGAUUAUGAAGCAGCUCUUUCUCGGGGCGAGUAUCCUCCAGACUGGGUACAGUCUGCUAUUUCGUACAAGAAGCUCAAGAAGUGCAUCAAGCGAGUGCAGCGUGAACUUUUGAGUCUAGGCCUGGACAAGGAUACGCUUGAUGCACUCUGGCAGCAUGUCGGCUCUGGCACUUCGGAGGCUGGACAGAAGCCUGGCGAAGUCUUAUUACACUAUUCGCUCGAUGGAAACGAAUACAGCUUUACGCCGAGACUCACGAUUGUCAUAGAUCCCCGCGAUGGCUCUCCCAUGGAUGCUUGGUUAAGUCCUGAAACACGCCGCAACUUAUUGCGCCUUUCUCGGCAUUCCAGAGCGAGUAUAUCAUCCGCCAGCGGCCGACGAGAGUCUGCCGAUGGACAGUCCAGAGCUCGACCACAAGGGCCCAACGAGCCCAAUGGGACAGAACCAGAGGCAGACUCGGUGUCAGACGACACUAGUGCUCCAGAUAAUGAUGUCGUCCAGCCGGAUCAGCCUCAGACCAUCGAAGUCCCUUUGACCUCAGAUUCGGAGUUUUUCCAAAUAUUACGGCGGGAGCUGGCCGACCUCGACCACUUGCAGCAGGCUGAACAGACGCGGCUACAGGAUGAAAUCGUCAGUUUAGGAAACGAAUUGCGGGUGAUCAAAUCUUCCAAAUCGAAACGAUCCAAAGAGGAAGUCGAGGCGUGGAGGAAGAUAUUGGAACUUUACAACGACGCCGAAGUUUUUUAUUCAUCUCACGAAGCGGAUGCCGGCACGCGCGACGCAGCACAUGCACAAAAACAAUUCCAAGAGUUCAGCAAAGCUCUUUCCGCUCAACAGCGCGACAUUCUCAAGCUGGGCAAGGGGGGUUCCAUGGCUUUAGACCGCUUUCUCCGGAUCAAUGUGAAGCUUCUUCGGUUUAUCAAGUUCCAGGAAAUCAACCGGACCGCUCUCUACAAGAUCAUGAAGAAGUUUGACAAGCGGACUGCACUGCAUGCUCGGUCACACGUGUCGGACACGUUGGUCAAGUCGCCCUUUAUUGCGCAAGAUCUAGCCAAAGCCACUUGCUUCACCAUUUCCGAAGAGGUUUUGAAAGUUAUCCCUCAACUCAACGAUUACCUAUGUCCAAUAUGCUUUAGCAUUUCCUAUAAGCCGAUUCGACUUCGUUGCAAACAUGUCUUUUGUGUUAGGUGUUUGGUUGUCAUGCAAAGAGAAGAACAGAGUCAUUGCCCUCUAUGCCGGGAGGAGGUAGUUAUGGAAGCUACGAGUGAAAACCUUGACCGGGAACUGCUGAAGUUUUUGAAAACGAACUUCAAAGGCGCUGUCAAGGAGAAGCAGCGAGAGAACGAGAUCCAAGCGGGGAUUGACCGCUGGGGCGCUCAGUACGAGAAUUCGCAGAAAUGCAUCGUCAUGUAAACUAGGUUUGUUUUUGGAUUUCUUUCACGACUGAAUGACACAACUACCUGCCGUUUUUGAAGUCUGGACUACACCAUGUGAUAUCGAAUGCAUCUGUAGCAUCAUCCUUUUGACUUUCUAGCAUUCAAGCUGCUUCAUCUUUCAAAUGCUUCGUGUCCUGUCUCAGUAUUGAGCUCAAUUUCAAUUUUAACUCCUUGAUUUCCAAGGGGUCGACUUUUGCUCUCCA